GUGUUCUUAUUUAGGCCUGUUUUGGCCAAAUAAUUCAAAUGGAUUACUUUUUUUUGUUUAAAUUCAAUUGUUCACAUUUAUUAUUUUAAAUGGUUUUCAGAAACACUCCUCCUAAAUGCAUUGGACUUGUUAGUAUUAUUUUCUGCCUUUUUGGUGAAUUUUAAAUUCCACACACUUUUCAGGUACGUAUUUCUUCUAUAAAAGGGUGUGGUUCAAAGACGCCAACUAGUAGGAAUAACUUCAACUUCUCACACACAACAUAUUCUUAUGAUCUCCUUCUGUAGAGUCAAUCCAUAUAGAGUUUUGCUUCCGCUUUAAUUUAGCUUCCCGCAAGUGGAAGGCAAGAAUGUUGGGCUCCCAGAAUUAAUCGAGGUGCGCGUAAGCUAGCCCGGACACCAAAGUUAUAAAAACCAAAAGCAUUUAUACUAGCUAGUAGUUCUAAUAAUAAUGGGUGUGGAAGAAGGAGGGGUUCAUCAUCAUGAUUAUACAGAAGAUGGAACAGUGGAUCUCAAAGGGAACCCCGUCCGCAGAUCCAAGAGAGGUGGAUGGAAGGCUUGCUCCUUCGUUGUUGUCUAUGAGAUAGUUGAACGCAUGGCCUUCUAUGGUAUCGCAUCGAAUUUGAUCAUAUACUUGACUGGUAAGCUCCAUCAGGGUACUGUGGCUGCAUCCAACAAUGUCACCAAUUGGGUUGGCACCAUUUGGAUGACCCCAAUCUUGGGGGCCUACGUGGCCGACGCUCACCUCGGUCGCUAUUGGACGUUUGUGAUCGCAUCUGCAAUUUAUCUCUUGGGGAUGUUACUGCUAACAUUAUCAGUAUCACUUCCUGGGCUAAGACCGCCGCAUUGCUCGGACCCCCCAAACUGCAAGAAGGCCUCAACGAUCCAACUAGCCGUGUUUUACGGGGCCCUCUACACCCUAGCCAUGGGGACUGGCGGAACGAAGCCCAACAUUUCCACCAUUGGCGCAGACCAAUUCGAUGACUUUGAGCCCAAAGAAAAAGCCCACAAGCUUUCCUUCUUCAACUGGUGGAUGUUCAGCAUCUACGUUGGGACACUCUCUGCUCAAACAAUCCUUGUCUACAUACAAGACAAUGUAGGCUGGGCCCUGGGCUAUGGGCUUCCAACGGCAGGCCUUGCCGUGUCUAUUUUAAUCUUUUUGGCUGGCUCGCCGCUUUACAGGCACAAGGCUCCCUCUGGGAGCCCAUUUACAAGAAUGGCUAGGGUCAUAGUGGCUGCUCUAAGGAAGUGGAGGGUACCCAUCCCAACUGACCCUAAAGAACUUUAUGAACUUGAUUUGGAAGAGUACAACAAGAAUGGGAAGUUCAGGAUUGAUUCCACACCAACCCUCAGGUUCCUCAACAAAGCUUGUGUUGAAACAGGUCCUACUAGUACUCCAUGGAUGCUAUGCUCAGUCACCCAAGUGGAAGAAACCAAACAAAUGCUAAGAAUGAUUCCAAUGCUGAUGGCCACAUUUGUUCCGAGCACAAUGGCAGCACAAAGCGGGACUCUCUUUGUUAAGCAAGGUACAACCCUUCACAGACACAUUGGAAGAUUUGAAAUCCCUCCAGCUACCUUGACCGGGGUCGAGACCAUCUCCUUUCUUGUUUGUAUUGUGAUUUAUGACCGAAAUUUCGUGAAGAUAAUCAACAGAUGGACAAAAAACCCUAGAGGUAUUACCCUUCUUCAAAGACUGGGAAUUGGAUUAGUUCUUCAUAUCUUUAUUAUGAUGAUCGCAUCCCUAAUCGAGAGGUAUAGACUUAGUGUGGCCAAAAAUCAUGGGAUAGAUGAAACUGGAGGACAAGUGCCCCUAUCCAUAUUUAUUUUGCUCCCUCAAUAUGUGCUCAUGGGGAUAGCUGACACGUUUAUUUCAGUUCCAAAACUUGAAUUUUUUUAUGACCAGGCACCAGAAAUCAUGAAGAGUCUUGGGACAUCCUACUCCAUGACUAGCAUAGGAGUCGGAAACUUCAUUAGUAGCUUUCUUCUUUCCACGAUUGCUCGUAUUACUAAGGAGCAUGGGCACCAUGGGUGGAUUCUCAAUGACCUCAAUGCCUCUCAUAUUGACUAUUACUAUGCGUUUCUUGCGUUACUCAGCUUCUUGAACUUAGGUUUCUUCUUAAUCAUGACAAAAUUCUACGUAUAUAAGGCAGAAGUUUCAGAUUCGAUGGAAGUUCUCAAACAAGAAUUGAAGGGAUCAAGCUUGCCAAGCGAAUAAGUAAAAAUGGUUUUAGUCUAUCGGUUGCUAUGUGAAUUGUUCUAGACUGGGUAUGAUGGUUGCUCAAUACGCGUAUUGUGUGUUGGAAUUGCUACUUGUACUACAAAUGUUCACACUUUCCAGAAUCGAAUAGAAUGAACUAUUGUCUUGUAAAAUGCCCCAGAUUGGGCGAAUGUUUGUUGCUCCUUUGUCAUAACUUGUCCUCUUCACAAUUGAGCUAUUACUUUCAACCCAUAAUCAAUUAGUUUCUGCAAUUGCCAACUCAACUG